UCGUCAAAAUACCAGCAAACACAAAUGGAAACUUCUCAAAAAUAUCAUAAGUGCGGUUCCACACUAGUACAAACUAUAGAUGCUCCAUUAUCCACAGUUUGGUCGAUACUACGUCGUUUUGAUAACCCUCAAGCUUACAAACAAUUCGUGAAAACGUGCAAUCUAAGCUCCGGCGAUGGAGGAGCAGGCUCCGUCCGUGAAGUGACGGUGGUUUCCGGUCUUCCGGCGGAUUUCAGCCGAGAGAGGUUAGAUGAACUUGACGAUGAGUCUCAUAUGAUGGUAAUUAGUAUUAUAGGUGGUGAUCAUCGUUUGGUUAAUUACAAGUCGAAAACGAUGGCGUUUAUGGCGGCGGAUGAGGAGGAGAAGACGGUGGUGGUGGAGAGUUAUGUGGUGGAUGUGCCAGAAGGAAAUAGUGAGGACGAAACGACGUCUUUUGCUGAUACUAUCGUUGGGUUUAAUCUUAAGUCAUUGGCUAAGCUCUCGGAGAAGAUGGUGGCUCAUCUAAAGUUGUAAUUUUUAGAUUAUAUAAUGCUAGUUUUAAGAAUUAAAAUCAGGUUUAGGAU